AAGAACUGGCAGUUGGUACAAGAGGACUGGAUCACCUCACAACUACUUGACCACGUAGUAGAAUGAGGGCACAUGACAUGACAUUGUGCAUCUCAACUGUAAUUUAUUCUUUCUUUCAGUUUCCGUUAUGCUUGUGGUAAGUAGAUAGAAAAUUCAUCACAAUAUGUCGGAGUCUCCACCAACAUGUCCCUUGAUUCCGUAUCCGCAUCAGCGAGAAGCUGCAGAUACUGCCGUCUUGGGGAAUACUGUCGUAAACGUCAAGACGGGUGGUGGGAAAACGUUGAUCGCAGUUCUCGUUACGGACCACUUUUUGCGCACACAACCGCACAAGAAGGUCCUUCUUGUGGUGCCGACAGUGCCUCUACUCGAACAACAGAGCGAAUACUUCAGAAAACAUUUGGCAGAUGUGGUGGUGGAUAUGUCGGCAAAAAUUCUGCGAGACGAGGAAAACGCGGAAGAAAAGGACGAAGCGUUAUUCUCGUCGCCCGUAUUAGAGGUAUUGGACGAUAAUCGAACGAACGGUGAGGAAGCUGCAGUCAAAGUCGGAGCAUCCCAUGUACGACGUCCCCGGGUCUCGAUUCUGCAAACGAAUGCUCAUCUACAGGAUCAGGAGCUUAGACGUAGUGACGUUUUGGUUGGGACGCCAGACCGCUUUCUGACAGCCAUUCAGCAACUACGACGUUUGUCUGUCGAUGACGACCUGUCUCUGGUGAUAUUCGAUGAGUGCCAUCAUAUCAUAAACGUGUCACCAAUGGCGAGACUCUGCGAACUGGUGACCUCAUCUCCUCCCGCGACAAGUAUGUUUCACGACGUGGUUGAAGAUGUUGAUCAGGUUGUGGGAGAAGUUGGGCGACAAGAAAAGGUUCUUGCUCUUGGAGAACCGCAAAGGAGCCCCUCCCUGAAGAUGAUCCGAAUUUUAGGUCUCACAGCUAGUUUUGUGAAUGGGAAAACGGGAAAAUCACGGGAAAAUUUGGAGCGCGCUAGGAGACUACUAGAAACCGUGAUGAAAGCUCAAAUGUUUACGCCAAAGAAACUGAAACUGGAACCUUCGGCUUUAUGUGAUGUUGAGGGCGACGAUCGUGGUGUUGACCAAGGAGUGCUAGUUGAAGACGGGUUGUCGCGAUCCGUAGAUAGCAACGGGUCAUCUUCAGUGGAUGAGCAGCAGCAGUUGUCCUCACAUAAUUCGUCGAGUAGGAGUUGUACUCCUACUCCUCCGUCAUUGUCGAACUUCGUCGAUGCUGACUCAGAACGGAAAGACUUCUACAAUGACAAAAUUAUAGGAGUUCAUAAAGGACCUCCACGAGGGCCUAUGCGCGCGCAUUUCGAGCGUAUCUUCUGGGAAAAUGAAGAGGAGCAAGAGGUCAUACGUGAUGCUAUGCAGAGCAUUGAGGAGAAGGUGCGAACGUUUUUCAGCUCAUUGGCAGAUGAAAUCGGGGUGCCAGUUGAAAAAGGAUCCAAGGUGGCGGCGCAGACAGCAAGGAUAUUUCGACAAUUUAUGUUGAUCGGCAUAGGGCUACCAAAACCAACAGUCGUGCCUGUUGAUCAUAUACAGUUGAGUAACUACGUCUCACGUAAGAAGUACUCUUCCAAAAGAUACUACUCUUUUAGUAUACAGAACAGAGAUGCAUGACGGGAACUGUAGUUCUUGUAGUUCAUCACACAUGAUCAUCUGCAUCUAAACUCCGUGGCCCUGCUGGUUUAGAGAUCUAUGUGGAUAGCUGUCUCGUCCAGCAAUGCGCAAGGAAACUGGAGAAUGCCAUUACAUCAAUGAGUGAGGAAAUCGCUCAGGCAGCUGCCAAGGCGUCUGCUCGUCAACCCGGAGAAGCAACAUUAUCGGCUUCCCCAACGUCAGAAGACUCAUCUUCUAGUACGAGUUCUUGUAGCACCACAGACACACAUAGUUGUACUAGUAAUUCGAACCUCCAUGACGACGUGCUGCAACGGAAAAUUGAGCAACAUGGUAAGAUGGUUGCAGCAUUGAAUUCCCAAGGUGACAGUCUGCGCGAGCAGUUGACGACGGUAGUCGACGAAUAUCUUGAAGCGCAUAGGAGGAGAGGAGGAGAGGAUACAGUCGGAGACUCUUCCCCGAACCCAAUCAGAGGACGUGAUCUUGAAACUGAAAACCAAGAACAAGUUCCAGCACCACUUCUCAGCUUUCCUCAUAUUUCCCGCAAAGUACAAGCCUUGUUUGAACUCUUCACGACGCGGAGCUUCGAAACAACUUCUGGAAAGGAAAGGACGUUUUUUCGGGCUCUCGUUUUCGUGCAGGAUAUUGCCACCGUGGAUCCAUUGCGCAGCUUGCUCACUUCGCGCACUGGUCUGCGUGUAGGAGGCGUGUAUGGGAAGAGCUUGCAGUCUAAGCGUGAGCAAGAAGAAACAAUAGCCGAUUUUCGUACUGGGAAAUUGGAUGUCGUGAUCACAACGGCGAUUCUGGAAGAGGGCUUAGACGUUCCAGAGUGCAACGUGGUGGUACGAUUCGACAAAGUAACCACAGUGAAGAGCCACAUCCAAGGGGCAGGAAGGGCUAGGGCUGCUGCGAUUGCUGUCACAGCUCCUAAGUCUGAAGAACCAGUGGAUCACGAGGAGAGAACGAAUAUUUCUGUAUCUUCAGCUAGUACGACUUUGACUACUUCAUCUCAGCCUCAGGCCCUCGUUGAGAAACAGCAUGGAGUUGAUGGUGAAGAAUCGCUUCUACAACAAGGUGCUGAAUCAACGUUCUCUGCGAGCUGUCAACCUCAACAAGCGUUCGUUUAUUAUUUCGAGAACUGCCCUCAUGAGUUGGAGGCCCAACGGGCGCAGCUGGAAGCAGUUGCUGGAGAUGCAGAGGCUGGCGUACACGGGCAAUUGGGUUCAUCUAUGUCUUCUGUUUCAGGGAAUAUUCCAGCUGGAGGUUCUAGUCUUGAUGAGCAAGAGCAAUUCUCCAGUCUAAAGCGAGCACUCAAAUCUGGAGUACAUCCUUGGCGAGUUCAGGAGCAAAGUAGUUGGAUCGAUAUCCACAACUGUCACAAAAUUGUGAAUGAUUAUGGCUACACUCAUGUUGUUGAAGAUACAACCCGCUUUGUUCCAUUCACCCAUAGUAAUAUCCUCUCAGAACAAAGGGUAACGACCUGCUUUCCAUUUACCCAUUGGAUUCUCCUGUCAGAAAGUAGAAACAAGUGAUGGUCCCUAAAAGGGACUAUCUUUUUAUCGAUACUGUCGUGGAGAGCUAUGAUUACAGCUACUUAAACUUAAGAUGAAAACAACAUCAUCAUCAAUUAUAGAUCGUGAUAGACUACAAGAUUCAUAGGAUUGAUGUCUCGUCUAAUCCGCAUACAUCCAGAAGGUCUUGGGCCAAAGUUUGCCGGAACACGUCCAGUUUGUGACGACGAUGCGAACCAUCAGCGAAUUUCCUUUAGAGCGAAGGAAGGUUUUACAGCAUUGCCUUCUUCCGACACCCGACGGCGAGGUCUUCAUCACUCGUGACGAUGUCGACAAGCAUUGGGGCAGUGUUUCUUUAGCGGACGUACUGGGUAUUGGACAGACUCUGAGGAAAAAGUCGGGACAACAGCAAGACAAGACCCGUUUUGUGUUCGUUGCGGCGGUGCAGCUAGCCAAAUUGGGCUACCUGGACGAUUGUAAUAAGCCAACGGAGCGCGCGUGUAGGGAAACGGUCACAAAAUGUGGGCCUUACGAGCGACCAGCGUCACUGCAAUUACAGGCGGCAGUGAGUAACAACUCUGCAUCUACUGGAGGAGGAUCUUCUGGCACUACAACUCCUGCUAGUUGUAUCUCCGGAGGAGGAGGUGCUACUCCUCCUGCUCGUCGUCUAGUAUGCUCCGCCGGAGGUGUUUUUACCCCCACUUCUGUAGGCCUCGCUGGUCGUGGUCCUCCUGCAUAUGAAUCAGAUUCCAAGUACAGGUCUCAGAACUUGGACAAGCAACUCAGCACCUCCAGCGAUGUGGAUGAUGAAGAACGCUUUUUCGAUGCGGAAGAAACAGUGCCCACAAGUGGCCUGUCAUUCUUUAGUUCGACUUCCUGCGCAGCUGCGAGAAAAACAGAACAGCAACAUCCUGGUCCCAUGUUGGACCCUGCCGCUGGGAACAAUGGUCGUGUACUAGCAGAGACCACGGAAAGGCAUCAUCAUCAAUCUCCAUCCACUUCUUGUAGAAAUUCAAGUCCUGCUACACUAACACAGGCAAUUGUAAUAUCAUCUUCAUCGAGUGGAGGACGAGGACUUGAUGUAGUUGCUCGUCAGAGUCCAAAGACAGGACAAGGACCACCACCAGCUGCGCGGAUACCUCUCUCACUGCAAGACCGACCGGAUAGUAAGACGAAAACAUAUAUCAGCCACUUGAAUGAGCAUUAUCAAAGAAAUGGUGCUCAUUUGACAAAGCCGAUCGGAAGAUUCGUUCUACAAGCGGAAGCAGCCUUUCAAUUCGAAUACCAACUCCACGAUGGAACUCGUUGUCCAGGCGACGUAUGUGCACGCAAAAAGGCAGCUGAGACAUCAGCAGCGGGAGCGGCGCUCGUUCAUCUGGGAUAUUGAUCCGUGGAAUGCUUCAUCUUCAUCUAGUGAUGCACGCACUAUUGUUAAGUUCAUCAAGAUCUACUUGUUUGAUGUAUGUCAAGAGGACACUGCUCUUCUUCGUUGUGCUUAAAUCUCGAAACUUCAACUUCUACUUAGAGGUUGCGAAGAACAAUGAUGAAUUAUCGGUCCUUUUCAUUCAAUCAUCUGACACCCACUUUUAGUACCAUCUUCUAAAAGUAUCCUGGUGCUGACUUCUUAUUCACUGUUGAGUAAGUACCAUUCUAGUUGUAGACAGCUUCUACCAAGUACUAGACUUCUACUCUCGUCAUAUCAAGAACGCUUUAAGUCAUUGGGACCUAACUGUAAAGUGAAUCCAUCAGAACGAAGUGUAAGAAUGCGAUUGAGUGACUUUUGUUUGUGAAAAAUUUCAUAAUUGCUCUCUUUUUUAUAACGAAUAUCAGGGUUUCGAACUGGGUUUGGAGCUCUUCAAAACUAUAUAACUAUCUAUGUAUUAGAUUCUAAUGGGUGGCAUCAAUGGCCGGACGGUUUUCACGACGACUAGUAUACCUCACUCGUCUCAGGGAUAAGAACAGUGUAAAAGUAACUGAUUCAGAUAUGAUGAUGUUAGUCAAACUGACACGACCGCAAGCGAGACGAGAAGAUACGAAUUUUCAUCCUGAUGAAGGUGACAACAUGCCC